UAGUAUCUGUAACAAGCAAAUCUAUUGAAAAUGUCGGGACGCGGAAAAGGAGGAAAGUCGCGUGCUAAGGCCAAGAGCCGAUCUGCUAGAGCUGGUCUGCAGUUCCCCGUGGGCCGUGUUCACCGCUUCCUGCGCAAGGGCAACUAUGCUGAGCGUGUGGGUGCCGGUGCCCCCGUCUACUUAGCAGCUGUUAUGGAGUACCUGGCUGCCGAGAUCCUUGAGCUGGCCGGUAACGCCGCCCGUGACAACAAGAAGACAAGAAUCAACCCCCGUCACUUGCAACUGGCCAUCCGCAACGACGAAGAGCUGAACAAGCUUCUCAGCGGUGUCACCAUUGCCCAGGGCGGUGUACUGCCCAACAUCCAGGCCGUUCUGCUGCCCAAGAAGACCUCGUCCAAGGCCACCAAAUAAGCGGUGCAUCUUCAGCUUCAACCAACCGGCUCUUUUCAGAGCCACCACAACUUCAAAAAGAGAUAAUUUCCUUGUCUGUUUCGCUAAAGACUUCCAAGUCGUGGUGUGAAAUAAACAUCUUGCAUGUAUGAUUGUCGCAGUACGGUUAGGCCCAAUUCCAAAUAACGAAUGUUAUCGCUCCUGAGGAGAGCGUUAUGUAACUUACGAGGUAGGCUAGCUUGUUUUUAGAAAUUUAGAUCUGUUAAGGCAAGUGGUCUACAUUUGGUGAAGUGUCUAUGAUGGCAGUGAGUAUCGAAUCAUUACACCCGCUAACCUUAAAAGAACCUUUGCAACGUUAACGCGUUGCAUCCCCUCCUAAAGCUGUUGAUCUUGGGUUUAAAAUCCACUUGACAUUUUCCAUGGUGUCUUACCACUUCCAAAAUCAAAGCUGAGUUUAGUUUUCACUCUGAGGGCCGGCAGCAAGCAAGGGGCCAAUUUCUGUUUUUUUGGGGGGGGUUCCAACUCAACGGGGGGAAGACUUUAGAGCUUUGAAGAUUUGUUCAUUCUGAAGUUAAGAGCCAACAAAGUAUCUCCUCGUAAGAUCAUAAGUGACAAAGAAAAUAACCCCCCCCCCGCAAGAUAAAUGCUGGAAAGGAAAAUUCCACGGCCCAAUAUUCUUUGUACAGGUAUAAGUAUUCAAAUUUGAAAGACCAAAAGGUUUCUUAAUGGAAAUAGGGAAAUGCGUUAAUGUACAAAUACAAAACAGAUAUGUGAUAACAUGAUUGCCUCCUAGCGAAUUAUAAUAGAAAAAGAAAGUCACAGAUAUAUCGAUGAUGCGGAUCACCAAUUUGAAUGAAUCGGGCGUUUUGAACAAUGAAGCACUGAAUGACCUAACACGAAAUACAUUUUAAAUACACCAAAACAAAAAACGAACGUUUGCAAUCAAAUUUGUUGGUUGUCUCAAAACUGAAUCCAGUAGCCACGCAAAUGCGGAAAAGGAAACCCGCGUUUGACAGGUGAUGUAAAAUCAACGCGAAAUUGAAUGAGUGAAAACUUCGUGCCUCAAGCUUGCCAAGUGACCUUGCAAUACAAUCUGCAAUAUAACAGUGUACACCGAGGUACUUUCACAGACUUUCCGAUAGAAGCACAUGUAUGUACAUGUACACGUGAUCUGUACAUUAUGAUGUACAUUAUAAAUACAUUAUAUUUUAAAUAUAUUAAAUUGCAAGGUAAAUUAACAAGAAACACAUUGUUCUUAGUACAUGUAGUAUUAAUUGUACAUGUAAAGUACACAGCGCAUGUGAUCACAGUAGGUCUAUAUGAAUGAAGAGGACCUCUAUCUUCUAUCGCAUUUUAUUUUUUUGUUUACUACUUCAACAAUUUUAGAAAGACAGUUGAAAAACAAUCAGUUCCAUUCUGCACAUGUAUGUACCGUACAGCGCCAUGAAGAAGCCAGGGGGACCACAGACUUUCAAUUGCGCCCUCUACGAACACACUGUACACGUACGCAUGUAAAGACCCCAAAUUUGCUUGAAAAACUGGCGCCGAUUUCAUAGAGCUGCUUAA